AUGUCUAAGACACUACCAAAGGGGCUCUAUGCUCCCCUCCCGGUCUUCUUCAACGCUGAAGAUGAAAUAGAUUACGUGGCAUUUGUGAAUCAUGCGAAAUAUGUUACAGCGCCGGGAAUUUUGCCUAUUGUUUCUGCUAGCAUGGGAGAAGCAGUACACUUGACCCCGCAAGAGCGUAUCAAGUUAAUACAGACACUCCGACAUGCCCUCGACUCGAUUGGUUUGGAGAAGACACCAAUUGUCGCUGGUGUAGGAGGCAAUAGCACUCGUGAGACAAUUCAGCUAGCUCGCGAUGCUGCUGCUGCAGGCGCAGAUUUUGCCCUUGUGAUCACUCCUGGUUAUUGGGCUGGUUACCUCAAAGGAAACCCAGUGGCGGUUAGAAGAUUUUUCGUCGAUGUGGCAGCAGGGUCCCCAAUUCCAGUGGUCAUUUACAAUUUCCCUCCUGUGACGGCAGGAAUCGACUUGGAAAGUGACGAUAUUGCCGAAAUUGCAAAAUUGGCACCGAACGUUUGCGGCAUAAUGCUAUCAUGUGGCAAUGUUGGAAAGCUGGCAAGAAUUUCUGCUUUGCUUGAUGGCACUUCUUUUACACCAUUGGCUGGCCUAAUCGAUUUCCUCCUCCCCUCAGUGGUGGUCGGCUCUGCUGGUGCUAUUAGUCCACUACCUAACAUUGCGCCGAAAUUCUCCAUGAAAUUAUGGAACUUGACACAAAAUCUCGAAACUAAGGCAGAUUUCAAGGCAGCACAAAAGUCUCAAGGCUUGGCUUCUCUCGCAGAGUCUGCUUUGUUGAAGAGCGGAGUUCCCGGCUUAAAAGCUCUGUUGAACAAGGAUUUCGGAUACCCUGCGGCGCCAAGAUUGCCCCUUCUUGCUCAUAGCGAUGUGGUAACUUUGUCCCAAAACCAGUACAUCAGCGAUAUUUUGGAUCUGGAGAAGGAUUUAUAA